UGGAAAAAGGAAUACCAGGAAAACAGUCACCUUGUCAGCUCGGUGACCGCGAAAGUGAAGGGCGUGGCAGUUACCAAUGACUCUGAGCUGGAGAGAGUAUUAUGGGAUGUCGUCGAUCACAGUAGUUUAUCACAGGAGUCAAGGUUCGGGAUCCAUAAGCAACAACUCUCAGUACACCCUCCUGCCUCCUGACUGCUCCCAGACCUUCUUCUGAAGCAUCAACAUGCAACACAAACGGUUUUUCACAAUCAGGGUAUGCCUUCACUGGUGGACUUGUCAGGGCUUCCACUAACCUCUCUAGUAUGUCCUGAUGCCUCGCAGUCCAUUCUACUGGUUGGGAUGGUGGUGGCUGGAAUGACCGCUUGGCCUCUGUUCUCCAUUUUGAGUUCUUCCUCCUUACCCCUCCCCCUCUGGGAACUGAAAGAAGUUCACAGAUCGGCUUGGCAAGGCUGGAGAAAUCUGGGGAAGGACUCCUUUUUUGUUGUUACUAAUGCAGUAGUCACAAAGAAUCAAACUCAAGGAAACUGUCUGGAGGGACCAGACUCUGGAACAAUAUGCAGAUCAAAUGAGGAUUGCACAAAGGAAUAUACUAACCAGAAGAGUAAUGGGGAUCCGACUGGCCAAUGUGUUGAAUUUAACUCAUCAGUAAAAACCUGUGAGGUGUUUGCCUGGUGUCCGAUCGAGGGAAUGAGGAAUGCUUCCAAACCUGCUGUUUUGGAAUCAGCAGAAAACUUCACCGUCUUUAUUAAAAACAACAUUGGAUUCAUUAACUUCAAUUACACAAAGAGAAACAUCUUGAUGGAUAUGAACGAAACCUAUCUAAAACAGUGUAUGUUUAACCGAAAGACAGACCCAUACUGCCCGAUAUUCCGCCUGGGAAAUAUUGUCCAAGAAGCCGGGGAGAAUUUCACAGAAAUGGCUGUUAAGGGAGGAGUGAUAGCAAUACAGAUUAACUGGGAAUGUGACCUGGAUUGGCUGCUUCACAAGUGUGUCCCGGAGUACAGCUUUCGAAGACUGGAUGAGAAAAACGACAAGAAGACCCUAUUCCCUGGCUUCAGCUUCAGGUUUGCAAGAUACUAUAAACAGAACGGAGUGGAAGAGCGCACAUUGUUCAAGGUGUAUGGAAUCCGGUUUGAUGUCAUGGUGACUGGAAAGGCUGGAAAAUUCAGUCUAAUUAAGCUGAUUACAUACAUUGGAUCCACACUCGCCUACUUCGGUAUGACAAUAAUCGUGGUUGACUUCCUCCUUGCAAACUACGUUCAUCCCAGUUGCUGCAAAAAAGAGGUCAAAAGUUACUAUACUGGGAAGAAAUAUGAAACUGUGGAAUAUCAGUUAGAGAUGAGAGACGUCAGCAACAGAGAAGGUCAGGAUUGUGAAUCCAGCCCUUAGUGCAUUUUUAUACUGUGUUUAUUGUUGUUGUUGUUAUUUUAACAUGUAUUGUGCACACAGUAUAUUUUUCAUUGCUAAUCAAAGGCAGAUAGUUAAUUCAGUUUUGUUCUGACAGCAGUUUUCAUAAACUGAUGCUUUGCAACACUUUUGUAUCACGCUGAAAUGAAUAAAAAUGAACAAAAUACAGUAAAUGGAAAAUGACCUUUUAAAAGCCUCAGGGUAAGGAAUUGCUCUGAGUACCUAGUGCUUACUGCUGUGAAUAACACGGUCAUUAUAGGAGACAGUAACGCUCCAUUUCACACUGCUGUGAAUAACACACUCCUAUAGAGACAGUACUGCUCCAUUUCACACUGCUGUGAAUAACACACUCCUAUAGAGACAGUACUGCUCCAUUUCACACUGCUGUGAAUAACACACUCCUUAUAAGAGACAGUACCGCUCCAUUUCACACUGCUGUGAAUAACACACUCCUUAUAAGAGACAGUACUGCUCCAUUUCACACUGCUGUGAAUAACACACUCCUUAUAAGAGACAGUACUGCUCCAUUUCACACUGCUGUGAAUAACACACUCCUAUAGA